AAAAUAGUUUCUAUGAUUUUGUAGCUUAUUGGUACUCCCCCUAUAAAAAGGGAAUAUAACCUCCUAUAUUCAAGAAGCAAUUCAUACUAAAUCUAAUAAUAGCAGAGAUGGGGUGCAGCAUCAGAAUCUUGUUCACAUUUCUACUGUCAGUUAUCUUGCUUGCAGGCCCAAUAGAUGGGAGGAAAAGCCCAGGGGAUUAUUGGGUUGAGAUAAUGAAAGGACAGCCCAUUCCUGAAAGUAUCAAAAACUUCAUUAAUCAGAAAUCAUAUGAGGCCCAUGAAAAUGAAGAAGGUUUCAUCAAAGACUUUGAUCCAGUACCUAAUAUCUCUGCUUACCAUGAAUAUGAUGAUGCAAAUCCAAAAGAAUUGAGAUCCAAUAAUGAUGAUUGCAACACAAAACAUGAUGGGCUUGCAUCUAAGAAAUUAGCUGUUGAUGAGUUUGAACCAAGGCCCAAUAUCUCUAUCUACAAGGAUUAGAAGACUCUUUAUGGUUUUAUGUCAAUUUAAGAUUCUUCUUAAAAUAUUAUGUAACAAAAACUAUGUAACGUGAAGUGUUGCUGUAACAUGUAAUGACUAAUAAAAGGAUCAAAUCAGGUAGGAUCGAGUCAAUUUCGUUUUUGUGUGUCUCUUGUCAUGUUAGAGGUUUACUCAUUUUAGGCUUUGUAUGCUUUCGUGAGCUUUUAUUAAAUAUGAUAAGUAUGUGUAUUGUUUGCUUAUA